CCCGCCAUGGCCCGCCUGACGGAGAGCGAGGCGCGCCGGCAGCAGCAGCAGCUCCUGCAGACGCGGCCCUCGCCCGUGGGCAGCAGCGGGCCCGAGCCCCCCGGGGGGCAGCCCGACGGCAUGAAGGACCUGGACGCCAUCAAGCUCUUCGUGGGCCAGAUCCCGCGCAACCUGGACGAGAAGGACCUCAAGCCGCUCUUCGAGCAGUUCGGCCGCAUCUACGAGCUCACGGUGCUCAAAGACCCCUACACGGGCAUGCACAAAGGCUGUGCCUUUCUCACCUAUUGUGCCAGGGACUCCGCCAUCAAAGCUCAGACUGCCCUGCACGAACAGAAGACCUUGCCCGGGAUGGCGCGGCCAAUCCAGGUGAAGCCGGCGGACAGCGAAAGCCGCGGAGGUAGAGACCGGAAGCUGUUCGUGGGGAUGCUGAACAAGCAGCAGUCGGAGGAGGACGUGCUGCGGCUGUUCCAGCCCUUUGGGGUCAUCGACGAAUGCACCGUGCUGCGCGGGCCUGACGGCAGCAGCAAAGGCUGUGCCUUUGUGAAGUUCUCCUCCCACACCGAGGCCCAGGCAGCCAUCCAUGCCCUGCACGGCAGCCAGACCAUGCCGGGUGCCUCCUCCAGCCUGGUGGUCAAGUUCGCCGACACGGACAAGGAGCGGACCCUGCGGCGCAUGCAGCAGAUGGUGGGGCAGCUGGGCAUCCUGACGCCGUCCCUCACCCUGCCCUUCAGCCCCUACAGUGCCUACGCCCAGGCUCUCAUGCAGCAGCAGACAACGGUCCUGUCCACGUCGGGCAGCUACCUGAGCCCCGGCGUGGCCUUCUCACCCUGCCACAUCCAGCAGAUUGGCGCCGUCAGCCUUAACGGGCUGCCUGCCACGCCCAUCGCCCCUGCCUCUGGACUGCACUCACCCCCGCUGCUUGGCACCACUGCCGUGCCUGGGCUCGUGGCUCCCAUCACCAAUGGCUUCGCAGGGGUUGUGCCCUUCCCUGGGGGGCACCCUGCCCUAGAGACCGUGUAUGCCAAUGGCCUUGUGCCCUACCCAGCUCAGAGCCCGACGGUAGCCGAGACCCUCCAUCCCGCCUUCUCCGGAGUCCAGCAGUACACAGCCAUGUACCCCACCGCGGCCAUCACGCCCAUCGCGCACAGCGUCCCCCAGCCGCCGCCCCUCCUGCAGCAGCAGCAGCGAGAAGGUCCCGAAGGCUGUAACCUGUUUAUCUACCACCUCCCCCAGGAGUUUGGAGACACGGAGCUGACGCAGAUGUUCCUGCCCUUCGGCAAUAUCAUCUCCUCCAAGGUGUUUAUGGAUCGGGCCACCAACCAGAGCAAAUGUUUUGGCUUCGUGAGCUUUGACAACCCGGCCAGCGCGCAGACCGCCAUCCAGGCCAUGAACGGCUUUCAGAUCGGCAUGAAGAGGCUCAAGGUGCAGCUGAAGCGGCCCAAAGACCCGGGACACCCCUACUGACCGCGCCCACAGCCGCCCGGAGGCUGCGGGCCUGGCCCAGGUGAGGGGCCUUCCCACCCCAGGAGGGCUUCCCGCUUCCAACCGAUCCCGGACUUUCCCGUAAAUUACAACCGAGUUUGGACACCAGCCCUCCCUCUCCUCUCCCGUCUCCCUUGCCCACCCCCCUUAAUGUGAAACACUGCAAAGGCCACAUGGAGCGGGGAGGGGGCUUUGUGAUCUGCCCCAGUGCUGGGGGGAGGGGGCUUCUGAGUUGGGGGCCAGGAGGUUCACUGCCCCCUCCUUGGUGGCUCCCCAAACUAAAUCACAACUUUUCCUAUAUAUAUAUAUGCAUAUAUAUAUAGAGCUAUAGACAGUAUAUAUAUUUUUUGAGUAUAGAUCAUGGGACCAAACUUUUCCAACUUCCUUCCAUCCAAGAGAUGGUGACCCUGGCCCGGUCACUCAGCAGGGACAUAAGAAGGGCUGAGGAUGACCGGGCCGCCCAGUGUCUCCCCAUCUCCCGCUGUCAUGUCAGACCAGGGCGCCGAGAAGCACUGGGAAUCAGCCGCCAACGCGAUACACCUCCAGGACUUUGGGCCCCUGCUGCCGACGGCUCUUGCAGGCCUUUGGGCUCAGCCAGCUCAAGUGUCCCUGGUCUUAGCUGCAGCUUCCGGACCCCCAACCCCUCCCUCACCCCAGGGCCCUGCCUUCCCCGACGUAGGCACAAAAGAGACCCCCCCACCUUCUCCACCCCCCCACCCCGUCAUAGCCUUACUCAUGUGACCAAUAGCCCUUAGCUUUCCGUCAGGGGCAGACAGGGGCCGGGGCGCCCCCCGCCCCUCCUGCCCCCUCCCCAGGGCAGGCAGCCACCCUCCCUGCCUUCGGAUCACCAGCCUGGAGUUCACGAUCUCAUGACCAAGAUUGCCAAGCGCGUUGGACAAGCCAACCUGCACCGUCCCAGCACCCCUUUACCAGAAAUACCUCUACAGAUAAUUUUUUUUUUUAAUUUUGGUCUUUCUGAGCAGAUACAAAGAAGAAAAGAGAACAAAAUGGGGAAAAAAAAAUCAGAUGACUGGAUUUUUGUUUCCUAGUCGGGGCGGGGAGGGAAGUCCUUUCGGGGCAUCUCUGUAUAGCUACUCAAACCGUGAAAACCCACUUUGAAGCACAGAGUCAAGUUCGUUGGACGUCACUGGGGCCUCUUGCCAAGUGAGGCGCCGAAGAACGUAAUAAGCUCAAGAAAAAGAAAUUUGUAAAGAAAAAAAAAAAAAAAGAACAGCAUUCCCUUUUGUUUCUACCAAAAUGUGUCGACUGACCCAGAAAAAAAAACAAAAACAAAAACAAAACAAAAAAAAACAAAAAAGAACACAUUGCAAAAAAAAAAAAAAAAAAGAAAAGAAAAAAAAAGUCUUAAUGACCAACUUGUUUCGAUAUUCCAGAGUUUGAUAAUUGUUCCAAGACACUCUAGCGUGCCUGUGUCCCGUGCGUCUGCGUGCGCGUGCCCAGGGGCCACGAGGGGGCCUCGUGCGUGUCCCCGGCACCCGCCAAGCCCUCCGCUGGGCCUGCUUGGGAGUGCGUGUGGGUGUGCAGUGGCGUGUGUCCCUCUGGCCCAUGUUUACUGGCUGUAAAUACCAUUUUUAUACUCCACAUCGAAGACCUGCGUGAUUUGUACGAUGUACUUUAUUUCUGCUACGAGUAAUUUCAUGAAGUUUCAACUUGCAAACCGACUUUUGGAGACAAACCGCCACACACACACACACACACACACACAUAAAUACACAUACACACACACACACAGAAAAGGAAGACAAGAAAGGGACUUAGAGGGAACUUUGGGUUGACUUGGUUUGGAUUUCUGGCUGGAGAGGUCCUUGUCACUGUGGCGUGUUCAGGUGAGAAGCUGCAACCAUCAUUUCAAUGUCCAAAUGCCUCUCUUUGGUCUGGAGAAACUGAAAGUUUAUUUAAUAAAAGUUUUACUUGCUAAA